UACCUUCAUUGCUUUAAAUAGAACAAAAAUAGUAGAAACACCAGCGCAGCAGCCGACAGACAAAAUGCUACGUUGCUAGCCAACAGAGUAAUGAUGUUCAAUGAUGUUCAAUGAUGUUCGUUGAUGAUGUUCAAUACAAGUCCUCACUUUCUUCAAAUGGCAUUUUGAGGGUUAGAAUUAGGUCAGGUGUGUGCGUGUGUUUGGGAGGAAUAUUGGGAAAUUGUACUCAAGUUAAUUUCAGUCAGGCACUUUGCGGUCUGUGCAUGCAACUGAUAAUUACAAAUACACCCGGUUGGCAGAACUAAGAACUCCUAGCUAAGACUAAUGCAGUCUAAUAGUCCUGCAAUUUUUAAUAUUCUUAAAAUUGUUGAUUCAGCUGUAUUAUCAUUUUGGAUGAUGUAGUGCUGAUGGGCUGCUUUACAUUGUAAAGCCUACCUUCAUUGCUAUGAAUGGGACACAAUAGUAGAAACACAAGGGCUACAACCGGAUCAGUAAACCCGUGACUUAUGAGUGAGUAUGAAAAGGCUGAAGUGAAACCAAAACGUACCUGCUGGGAAACGCUCUUAUCUGGCUCUGAUAUGACAUGGAAGAUGGCCUUUCCUAUCUUCGUUUUUCUCUUUUUGUGCUCUUGCCGAUGUUUACCACACGUGGCUGCCUCCAAACAAGAGCCAGAGACUCCAGACUGGAUAAGGACCCUGAAAAGAAUUUGUAAUGUCAUACACAACAGCGAACCAUCACUGGAUGUGUUGGAUUUGUUUGUUGGCCAUAAGCGUAGUGAUGGUAAAUGAGCUUCUUCCUUUCUUCUUUUAAAUAUUUUCUUAAAGUGAAUAAUUGAUUUGUUUAUUUGCACUUCCAAACAUUGCUGAUAUUAUUCACACCUGUGCGUUUGUGUCUGUUGGGUUCGUUCUCUUCCCACAUGUGUCAGCCUCUAAACAAGAGUCAGAGAGUACAGACUGGAUGAAAAGUAUUUUUGACAAAAUACAAAAGAUUGAAACAUUCCUGGAGGCAGCGUGGUCCCUGUAUUUUGGCUAUAAGCAUAGUGAUGAGCAAGAGAUGCCAGACUGGUUGAAGACUGUGAAAACUCUUCGUGACAGAACGCACAACAUUCACACAUUCCUGAAUGGGCUGCGGAAAGUGUACAAAGUGUUAAGUGGCAUAGGGAAGAAGAGUCCAGACUGGAGGAUGAUUCUGAGAACUUUCUGUUACACCGUACACAUGAUUGAACCAUUACAGGAUGCAGCACAGAUCUUUCGUGAUGGCGAUGACAGGGUGUGUCAUUAUAGGUGCAGUGACGGUAACAACCCGGUGCCUCGUCCUGGGUACAAGCAGCCACCACCCAAUGGAUGUGGCUCCCCACUGUUUGGAUUUCAGUUUGACAUAGGCAUCCCUUCCAUGACCAAAUGCUGUAACCAACACGAUAGUUGCUAUGACACCUGUGGCCAAAAGAAGCGCAACUGCGAUGACGAGCUCCGUCACUGUCUCAUGACCAUGUGCAGGAAGGAGCUCAAACCUCUGGGAUCGGAGACGACUGUCCAAGCUUGUGAGUCGGUGGGGACUCUGCUGCAUGACAUGGUUAAAUACUUGGGAUGUAAGCCGUACCGGGACAGCCAGAGAGAGUCCUGUAUGUGUCAGUAUGAAGCGAAGGGGGAACUGUGACACUGCAACAGGAACGAGAUGGUUCAGCAGUACAAGAUACAAGAUUCGCUGAAGGACACCAGCAAUACAUUUUACUUUCAGACUUUCAGAGUUUCGAUAAUGUCAUACUUCUUCAAAGUGAAUGUGAAACUACUUAAGUUUUUAGAGUAGACAAUUAAUUUGGAUGCUUGGGAACGACCCAAUCUGUAAUGCUAAACCUGUAUAACCUGAAGUAUUCUAGUGGGUGUGGUACAACAAUGUGCAUUUUGUUUCUAGGCAACAAGAAUACAAUUGAACAUAUAUGAAAAAUGAUUUCCAAUAUUAUGUCAAUGAUAGAUAAAUAAGGGAGUUCUUCUGGAAAUCAGCAACUGCUUUUAAACUCAGCACAACAAACUAACAGUUUCAGAAGCUUUAUUUUCCCCUAUAAUUGGAAUUGGCACUGAAUUCAAGAAAUAUAUGUUUUGUUUUUGUAUAUAUUUUGUUUUUCCUUAUGUAAGAUUUGUGAAAGUGAUAUGGAGGGAAAUGGACUGGUGAGAACACUGUGGAGAAAAAUUGAACUGUCAUCAAAAAAUGAUAUUGAUUAUUAAUUAUUGAUAAUUCUGUGUCAAUUGUCAUCAUGGACAUUUUUGAAGAAGCUUUACCACAGAAGCUCUGUUUGCCAAACAUAACAUGAUAUAUCUGGAGAAAGGUUUUUUUGGUAAAGGUUUAUUUGAAGUUAAUUGUAUGGGAGAAAUCAGGGUAUCUGCAGAUCUUGAAAAGUCUUAAAAACAUUUAGUCUUGCAUGUUGGAACAUACUAUUGUUCCAGACCUCUGACCUUAAAUUAAUUUGUUAUUUUUUACCUAGUUGAUCCAUCCAUCCAUUCAACCACCCAUUUUCUGGUGAUUAAUUGAUUAGUUGAUUGAUAGAAAAAUCAUUGGCAACUAUUUUGAUAAUCAGCAAAUUCUUUCGAGCAAAAAUGAAAAAAUGCCAAACAUUUUCUCUUUCUAACUAGUGAAGGAUCUGCUACUUUUUUUUUUCUCAUAAAGCCUAUCACAAUGAACUGAACAUCUUUGGGUUUUGAACUAUUUUGAUAAAACAAGACAUUUGUGGCAUAGACUCAACAAUUAUUUGACAAAUAAUAAAAAUGUAAUAUAAAAAAAAUCAGCAGAUUAAAAUAAUUUAUCAUUUAUAUUAUCAGGAAAUAAUGGCAAAAAUGUGAAAUAAAACUUUAUAUAAUAAUUCUUUC